AUGGCAGUAUUUACAACAACGAAGAGGGAAAUUGAAGGUCCUUACAUUGAGUUGCAGGAGCGUGUCAGUGGAGGCACUAAGAUUGCGACCGGGUUGGAACAAAGCAAGCAGAAGUUCAUCUGGGUGCUGAGAGAUGCUGAUAAAGGGGAAAUCUUGGAUGAGAGUGAAGCAAAAGAGCAUGAGCUUCCAAAUAGGUUUGACGAGAGAGUUAAAGGGAUCGGGCACCCCAAUUGGAAAUUCUGA